AUGUUCAAGCAGGAUCCGUCAGAGAACACGCGGAAGAAGUACCAAGACCGCGUGGACGCCAUCAAUGCCCUCGAGCCCAAGAUCCAGGCCAUGUCCGAUGAGGAGCUGCGCGGCAUGACCGAGCAGUUCAAACAGAGGGUCAAGCGGGGCGAGUCCCUCGACUCACUGCUGCCCGAGGCGUUUGCGGUCGUUCGCGAGGGCUCGCGCCGCGUGCUGGGCCUGCGGCCGUUUGACGUGCAGCUCAUCGGCGGCAUGAUCCUGCACGACGGCCAGAUUGCCGAGAUGAGGACCGGCGAGGGCAAGACGCUGGUGGCGGUGCUGCCGUCGUACCUGAACGCGCUGUCUGGCGCGGGCGUCCACGUGGUGACCGUGAACGAUUACCUCGCGCGCCGCGACAGCGAGAGCAGCUCCGCCGGCGAGGCGGCGGCCCGCGCUCGCCGCGGCUUGAGCCAGCGGGGCGGGCGCGACGAGCGGGGGCCCCGGCAGCGUCGCGGCAGGCGCGCUUCGCGGCGCAGGGGCCAGCAGCGACGUGACGGGCGUCGGCGGCGUGCAGCAGGGUCGAGGCAGCUGCGGCUGCAGCAGCUGCGGCUGCAGCAGCUGCGCAGCGGCAGCGGCCGCAGCGGCGCCGUGCGCACGUCGGUGCCCCGCUUCCUGGGCAUGAACGUGGGCCUCAUCCAGGCGGACAUGGACCCCGAGAGCCGCCGCGCCGCGUACGCGAGUGACAUCACCUACGUCACCAACAGCGAGCUGGGGUUCGACUACCUGAGGGAUAACCUGGCGGGGGCCCCCGCGGAGCUGGUGCUGCGCGCCGCCCAGCCGUUCAACUUCUGCGUGAUCGAUGAGGUGGACUCGAUCCUCAUCGACGAGGCGCGCACCCCCCUCAUCAUCAGCGGGGUCAGCGACCAGCCCAG